AGUGGUAGUUAUUUCCCUUAAAUAUGAUCUUUAGCUUGUGAAGUCGACCAACCAUGUUUUUGUUGCUUUUUAUACUGAUUUUAGUAAUUUUGUUUUCUAUUUUACCGCAUUAUUUAAACGACAUUUCCCUUUUGAUAGGAAAAACGCUGUUUAAGGUGUCUGAAAAUGAGCUGAAUCUGAGAGCAGAGGUCCGUGACCUGAAGAGAGAGCAAGAAUCUGUUAGUGUGACAGAAGAAUUUGCACGUCACAUGAAGUUGAAACGGAAGAUUGAUAAACUCAUGGCUGAUGUAAAGAAUUAUGGGAAGGAGAGAUCUUCAGGUCACACAAUGUUAAAGGUUGCCAUCAAAGUUAUCAUUCACAUCUUACAUGUGCUGAUUAUGCUUUACUUAGUAGUGAAGUAUAGAGCUGAUCCGCUGCUGUAUGUUCCAACCAGCUGGGUGUUUCCUCUGCACAAGGUAGUGGCAUUCCCCACAGCCUUCCCAGGUGGAGUUGGAAUUGCUUGUUGGAUUGUUGCUUGCAACACCAUGGUGCACCGAGUGAAGAGAAUAAUUGAACCAUAAUGUAGUGGUCAGGAUGUUCAGUGUUCAGAUCCUGGUUGAAUAUCAUUUCAUUUCAACUUAUUUUCGUGCUUAUAUCCAAUUAAGAUUCAAGCACG